GGGGUAUCCUAGGAUCCAAGGUCCAGAGGCGUUUUAUUGAGAGCGGAAAGGGAUGAGGUCCCGAGGGGGACAUCGGCAUUGGGGUCUGUCCAGUCAGCUUGCUGGAAAGGGACAUGUGCAGGUCCCUUGUCGGAUGGCUCAGUGAGCACCCUCCGGAUGUGCCAAGCAGUCGGUUGUUGGCGGUUCGGAGUCCCAUAGAGGCUGAGGAACAACGCCUGCUGGCAGUCGAGGCUGCCCGCAUACAAGCUGAAGAGGCAGCAGCAGCAGAGAAACUGCGGCUACAGGCCGAUGCAAACGCAGAUGCCCAGGCUCGCCGAAAGGAAGUCGAGGAUCUGCUGCAGCGGCAUGAAGCCAACAGCAUCGACAGACUCAAGUACAGGCAUUUUAAACCGAACGGCGACGACGCAACACCGGAAGAAAAGCACAAGGAGUUCCUCUCCAAACUCGUGACGCGAUUGUUGUAUGCUUGCAACUACCAAAGGUCAGAGUUGGAGAGACAACAUCGGGACCUGACGCAACAGCAUCAGGAAUUGGCGACGCUCCGCCGCACAGUGCAGAGCCACGAGGAUGCAACUCGGGCACUCAAUGCCCGAUUGUUGGACCUGGAACAGGCWGUACCAGGACCAGCURYUGRRGCUUCYAGCAGUGCACCCUCAAGCCGCCAACUGGAGGACCGCGUUGACCACGUAGUGGCAAUGCUCGGCGACAUCAGCACCUUCGCUGCGCCGACCACCACCAUCAGCAGUCAGCUGCGUACAUUGAAGACCGAGGUCCAGAAGCUGCAGUCGACGAACGCGGACGACAAUCCGAAGCUGUACAAGAUGCCAACUUUCAACCUGGAGAGGUUCGACGACUACACGCAGCAGGAUCCCGUCCUCUGGUGGGAAGCAUUCACAACGCAACUCAGGAUUCUGCCAGUAGCCAAGCAUGCGUACAUCGGCGCCCUGUUCCUGAACUCAAAGGGCGGAUGCCAGACCUGGUUGAGCCACCUGGCAACCUCCCACGGCGUCGACGUACCAGACUUGAAGGACGUAAUCACAUGGGAGGAACUGACACGGCUGUGGAAGAAUCGGUUUAUCGUCGACGACGCGCCGACAUUCGCCAUCAACCGUUUGUUCACCAUGUCACAGGGCAACACAGCAACACGGGACUGGCUCACGGAGUGGCAGAAGAUUGCGGUUGUGCCCAAUCUGAACCUACCAUUCGAGCAUCUACGCCGUGAGUUCUACAACAGGUCCUGUGCGGCAUUGAGCCAGGCUCUUGGUGAUCGCGAGCAGUACUCAGCCUUCGCGGAGAUCAUUGACAAGGCGAGGGAGAUCAUCAAGACCAACAGGUCAGCUGCACACGAGAAAUCAACAUCAUGGCAGCCGACCUAUGUGGAGAAGGCACGAACUGGUCCGCGACAGCAGCACUUCGCUGCAAUCCAGCAGGACAGUGGAGAUAACCCAGCAGCCACUCCAGUAUCAAGUGACGGAGAUCAGGUGGUCGUUGUCCAGCCGCGAAGCACCAACAAGACARUUUCCAUGGGUCAAGUUUGGCUUGACCGAGGCGGAGUACAAGGUCCGCGGCCGCUACGGCAGCUGCUAUUGGUGCAACAGCACCAAGCACAAGACCUCCUUGUGCCAAGAUCAGGGCAAGGAGGAUGUGCGACCCCGCCUCGGCUCGGGAAACUGAGCCCCGCGGAAGGUGAGGCGACUCCACCUUCUACUCCGCCAGAUUCGGCCGCCUUGCUAGCGGCCUUCUGCACAUCUGGGGAGGAUGCGAAUGUCGCAAGUCCUCGGUAUACUUACGAGGAUUAUGCUGUCCACUUGGUUCCACCGCUGGACCAACCGCUCCACGUGCAACAGUCCACCACAUGCACGGUUUCAUCACCAUCGGCAACCGAUUCGGCAGCUUCGCCGCAACCUAUCGCCGGGGAUUCGACGUCAUGGUCAAGACUUGACGAGCUCAAUCCGUUGACGUUCACGGACUUCCAGUGGAUGCCCGUUCCCUCGACCGGACGAUUGCCGAAACCGCAUUGCAACGUGCUUAUGGCACAAUUGCGGGACUACUUGCACACUGCAGUACCAACUCCGUUGAUGGACGCCGGAGCAGAGGUUGUCGACCUUCACGCUUUCAUCGCGAAGAUCGACCGCGAGUUCAAGACGCAACGGUACGACGACAUCGACGCACCAUUGCUAUACAUACGCAUUCAGAUCGGAGAGGCGACCUGCAGUGCCUUGAUCGAUUGCGGAGCAUCUCGCAACUACAUCAGCCAGGACUUCAUGGUACGCGUCGGCCUUGGCCCACAUGUCCGGAGGAAGUCCCAGCCUACGCAAGUCACUCUGGCAGACGGUCAUACGCACAAGUCCAUCGACCGAUGCAUUGACGCCGUCCCAGUAUACUUUGCCCCCCACGCAAGUGAGGCGGUGUCCUUCGACAUUCUGGACACCAAAUUCGACAUGAUCUUGGGCAUGUCAUGGCUGCGAAGCAAGGAUCACCCUGUGAACUUCUUCAACCGCACCAUUCACGUUCGUGACCGGAACGGAGUAUUAGUUCCAUGCACGGUGCCUUUUCCUCAUCCUUCGAUCAGCUGCCACGUGGUAUCCGCCGCAAGCAGGCGAGCUUCCAUCAUCAGAGACGACAUCGAGGAGAUGGGGGUGUGUUUUCUCCACGCCCUCCCGCCACAUGACGCUUCAUCGACGGACUCACCUUCGGAUCCACGCAUCACCGAACUUCUCGACGCCUACAGCGACGUGUUCGAAGGCCCGCAUGGAGUAGUACCGGAUCGACCCAUCCGCCACGAGAUCAUCCUCGAGGACGGGGCCGCGGGAACGUGGAAGGUGGAGGAACUGGUGUUGCGACAGUUGGAUCAUCAGUCGAGGAAGAAUGAGAGGCUUGAGGUAAUUAAGCAGACAAUCCCGCAAGACUGGCUUGAGUGCCUUGCUGCUAAGGAUGGCGGGAUUCCACCGAUGCGCGGUGUCGAGCAUUCCAUCCAGCUCGUGCCUGACUAUCGUGUUCACCAUCAGGCACCAUACCGACUCUCGAUUCCAGAGGCGACGGAACUAAAGCGUCAGCUUGAGGAGCUCCUUCGAUUGGGUUUCAUUAAACCCAGUAACUCCCCUUGGGGUGCACCUGUCUUUUUUGCUCGCAAAGCGGGCGGAACUCUCCGCCUCUGCAUCGACUACCGCGGCCUUAACCGUUACACGGUUAAGAACAACUAUCCCAUGCCCCGUGCGGAUGAGCUGUUUGACCGUCUGGCAGGCAACCGCUUCUUCACGAAGAUCGAUCUUCGUAGCGGUUACCACCAGAUCCGCGUUGCCGCAGAGGACCAACCGAAGACAGCCUUUCGGUCGCGCUUCGACCACUACGAGUUCACGGCGAUGAAUGACAUCUUCAGGGACAUCCUUGAAGAAUACGUUCUCGUAUACCUGGACGACAUCUUGGUCUACAGUCGUACCUUAGAAGACCAUAUCAGACACCUCUGCGAUGCCCUACAGCGCUUACGCAAGCAUGGCUUCUAUGCCAAGCUCAGUAAGUGCCGCUUUGCCCAACGCAAAGUGGACUUUCUAGGACACCAUGUGUCUGACCAGGGUCUCCACAUGGACGACGCGAAGAUCACUGUUAUUGCAGAGUGGCCCGUCCCCACAUCUGCCAAGCAGCUUCGCAGCUUUCUAGGCCUCACCAGCUACUAUAGUUUGUCCAACAUGAAGAACAAAGUGGGACAGUCGAAUCCGGGCAGGGCUGUUUCAGCACGGCCAAGCCAAUCUCGCGGCAGCGCAGGGGGACCAACAGCGCUUGGGGUCGUGUUCGUCGAGAAACCAGAAUUUGAGACGCAGGUCCACGAUGAGAUGAACGAAGAUUAUGACAAUGAAGAUGUGGCAGUUGAGGAAGAGGAGGAAGAGGAGGCAAAAGAGGAGGAAGAGGAGGCAGAGGAGGAGGAAGAGGAGGAAGAGGAGGAAAGAGAAGAGGGAGAAGAGGAAGAAGAGGAGGAAGAGGAGGAAGAGGAGGAACAAGAGAAGGAAGACAUGGAGAUUGCCUGUGGGAAGGGGAAAGAGAAAUGGGUGAGGGAUACACUCAUAAACACGAAAUUGCGAAAAGACCUUCUUUCGUUCCUCUGGGCCGUCUGCCUCACAGCUGUUGGAUUAAAGUUGUACGUGCAGUCGGAGAACAAGGCACAGUACAAAUGCUACGACGAGAUCGUCUACGCGAGUUGGCUUUUUGAGAACAAGCAGUACUUUGCUGAAAUUUGGGUCGUUGCUGCCAACAAGCUUGUGAGCUUCAUACUUUGAAAGAAGAAAUUCGUGCCAAGCAAAUUUCCUAUAGAGAACAAAAAGUUGGCGGUAGC